AUGACUACACCUGCUGUGUCGACACUUAAGAACCUUUAUACGCAUCGUACCGCAACAACAGAACGACAAUGCUUUAUAUGCAAUCAAUUUACGAAUGCGGUUUUAACAACAGAUAAUGGGUUAGAUUGGUUUUAUACUUGCACUAGUCACUUGAACGAUCGUGGGUUCGCAACGGCAGUUCCAGAACCAGAAAAAAAACUGCCAACCCCACCGCCGAAAUCAACCGAAAAAAAAGAACUCACAAAAAAAGAAAAAAAUGUAGACAAGACUGCUGAAGACGAAAAAAAUAAGGAUUUGACAGAGACCAAAAAAGAGAAGGAUGAAAAGAAUAAAGACGAAAAAGAUAAAGAUGAAAAGUGUAAAGACAAAAAAGAGAAAGAUGAAAAUAGUAAAGACAAAAAAGAGACGAACAAGGAAUCACCAGCACCCAUCCCAUCACCACCUAAGCCAAAACA